AUGCAGGCAGCUAUAAGCAUUGCACCUACCCUUAUCCCUUUGACACCCUCCUCAUCCUCCAAGAAUUUGUCCCAACGCAGCGUUGUGCCUCAAAAGUUAAAUGGUUCCCUUGCUUCUCGUCGUUCCUCAGUCAAGGCAGCCACCGUGACUUACGACAAUUACACCGUUGAUUACAGCUCCCAGAUCUCUGUGUUUCCAGCAGAAGCCUGUGAGACAAUUGGUGGAGAAGCCUGCUGGGCCGGCAUGUUCCCAGAAGCUAAACUUGAACAACAGCCUCAAAACUCUGCAGCAAGAGCUUCAGAGGAUAUAGACAGAGAAUAUCUCCAGUAUACUGAUGCAAAAACGGUUUUCCGAGGAGAGGCUUGUGAUGACCUCGGUGGAGCAUUCUGUGAGCGUGAGUAUCAGAGGGGAGUCUACUAG